GCGAGUGCGCGUUCGCGCCGGUUUAUAACUCGACUGACGCGGGGAGUGGGGCACGUGCCUUUUCCUCGUUUUCUUUUUUGUUUCCGCGCCCGCGAGGUUUUUGAUGAUGAAGACCGCUUCGUCGUCGUCGUCGUCGCAUGCGUUCCCGACCACCGCCUUGCUCUGCACCCCGUAUCUCCUGCUGGUGCCGCUCGGCCUCCUCGCCAUGGUGCUCGUCAUUCCGAGCCUCGGUUCCUCCCACUUCCGCUCCGACGACGCCCUCGGCGUGCUCUGCCGCGGCGGCGGCGGCUACCUUGUCACGCCGGGAGGGGCUGCUGCUGAGACGAAGAAGGUAGUCUCGCGGCCGGAGCUCCGGCUGCUGGUGGGGGUGCUGACGACGCCGAAGCGGUACGAGCGGCGGAACAUCGUGCGGCUGGCGUACGCGCUGCAGCCGGCGGUGCCCGCGGGCGUCGCGCAGGUGGACGUCCGCUUCGUGUUCUGCGCGGUGGCCGACCCGGUGGACGCGCAGCUGGUGGCGCUGGAGGCGAUGCGCCACGGCGACAUCCUCGUGCUCAACUGCACCGAGAACAUGAACGACGGCAAGACGCACGAGUACCUCUCCUCCGUGCCGCGCCUCUUCGCGGCCAACCCCUACGACUACGUCAUGAAGACCGACGACGACACGUACCUCCGCGUGGCGGCGCUCGUCGGCGAGCUCCGCUCCAAGCCCCGCGACGACGUCUACCUCGGCUACGGCUUCGCCGUCGGCGACGACCCGAUGCAGUUCAUGCACGGCAUGGGCUACGUCGUCUCUUGGGACGUCGCCGCCUGGGUGUCCACUAACGAGGACAUCCUCCGCCACAACGACACGCACGGCCCCGAGGACCUCCUCGUCGGAAAGUGGCUCAACAUCGGCCGCCGGGGCACCAACCGCUACAGCCUCCGGCCGCGGAUGUACGACCUCAACUGGGACAUGGACAACUUCCGCCCGGACACCGUGCUGGUGCACAUGCUCAAGGACAACCGCCGGUGGGCCGCCGCCUUCCGCUACUUCAACGUCACCGCCGGCCUCCAGCCAUCCGUCCUCUACCACUUGCCAUGAUCGAUCAUAUCGAUUCUUCUUCUUCUUUUCUUUUUUCUUUUUGUAUAUUCUCUUUGUUUUUUCUUUUCUUCAAUAUUGUUGAGGCGACGUUGGUUGAUUGCGCUAUGUAUGGUAGCGUACGCAAUCCACAUUCUUUC